CAUCCACCCGUAGUGGGACGAGCGUUUGGCGGCCCUCUCCCCCACACUAGCGGCAGAGGCUCGGGAGGUCCGCAGUCAUGAGGAAAUAGGGCUGGACUUUGGCGUCCCUGUCAUUGAUGAUGUAAAUCCGAAAGACGAGAAAACAAGAAAGCCCAAGAGAACCCGGUCCUUGUUGUUUGGGAAGAAGUCGUCCUCUGAGCAGAAGUUGAAGAGACAAGGGUCACUGCCGAUCAAGACUGGCGAGAAACGUCAAAGUAGCAAGGACUGGGACCUAACACGACCCCUACCCAGCAGCGCCACCUUUCCGUCGUCUGCUGAAGAACAACAACGCAAGGACCCGUCCUUGAGUGUGCUAAGCUUACAAGACGGCGAGUUUGAAGACAUCUUGGAAGACGAAAUGGGGGAGUUCUUAGCGGACUACAGCUUCAACACCUUCGCGCUGCGUCACUUUAUGGGCGGGAAGAACCACUCCUUCACGAAGGAGCAACUCAAACAGCCGCUACUCAAGCUCAAGUCGGAAGAUGAUCAGCAGGCGGCGCUGGAGGUGUGGGUCACCAUACAGAAGUUCAUGGGAGACGUGGCAGACACCGAUGUGGUCGAGUUUAUAUCCAGAAAAAAGCCUCCCAUUAAGCGAAGGAUGAGUUUCAGGAAUUUUGGCGCGAAAAUCACCGGUAAGAAGUCGUCCAAGUACGACCUGUCCACGGAUAAUGCCGCCAAAGAGGCCGCUGUCAACAACGAGGUGGCUCAACAACCGGAAGUCCUGCCGCCAACAUCCGGUGUGGAGAAGGUCGCGUUCAUCACUGGAUAUGGAAUCUACAGCAAACCGCUCAGGGACGAGAUCUACUCCCAGCUGAUGAAACAGUUAUCGGACAACCCAUCAGAGCGGAGCCGAGAGCGAGGCUGGUUCCUGUUGUCACUGUGUGCCGGGUGCUUUGCACCGUCCAGUCUGGUGACGAAGGUGGUUCGUUACUUCAUCAGCGGCCACGCCCCACCUGAGUACAGCCUGUACUGUGAGGAGCGACUGCGUAGAACCUGCUCUAACGGCACCAGGAGUCUUCCACCGCCACAGCUGGAGUAUAACGCUGUGAAAAGAAGACGACCAAUAUUGGUGGCCGUUACUCUCAUGGACGAGCGAGUGGUGAAGGUAGAAGUAGAUUCGGCAACGACGAUUCGUGAGCUCAGGAUCCAGCUGUCUGAAAAGAUCUCCCUUCUGGAUCACUUUGGAUUUGCCUUCUACAUCACCAUGUUUGAUCAGACAAUCUCGUUAACAAGCGGCAGUGCCCAGUGGGAGCACCAUAUCAUGGAUGCCAUAUCACAUGUGGAACAGACUGGCAGGGACGAGGGUCUGUCGGGAAAAGAUGUGCAGUGGGAUCUGUUCUUCAGAAAAGAGGUGUUUGGUCCGUGGCACGACCCAUAUAAGGACCCUGUGGGAACCACUCUCAUCUAUCACCAGUUAGUGGGAGGACUCAAGUACGGAGAGUACAAGUGCCAGGAUGAUGCUGAGUAUGCAGAGUUCUCUGCUAGAAGAUUCUACAUCGAGCACGGCUCGAGCGUCUCUGAAGAGGGCCUGAUUGAGGUUAUACAGACUUAUGUCCCAGAUAAGCUGCUGAAGAGGCUGGGAGCAGGCUACUGGGUCAACGCUACAAUGGACAGUUUCAAGAAGCUGUAUCCCGAUGGCACGACAGUCUCGUCUCAGGAUGAGAAGGCUGUACUUGUACAACAGGCCAUGGACAAGUGGGCACAGCUCUUUUCAAGAUUUUUCGUGAUUAAGAAGAUGAGUGGCCCAGGCAUCACCCUGAAGAGGUCUGCGGUGGCAGCUGUGAACUGGAAGGAGUUGUCAGUUCUGGAGGAGAGUGACUCCGGCAGGGGGACUAAAGUAGCGCUGCUGGUGCCGCUAACGGACGUCAAGUCCGUCUCAAAGAGAAAUGUUUUUCAAAUUAGGGGUACGGAGAGUGAUGACGAGUUUAAUGUGAAGACCACGCGAGGACCGAAGUUCACGUUCAUCAUGAACAACGCAGAUGAGAUUCAGGAAAUGCUGCAGGCGUUCGUGGGACGUCACAUCCUGGAGAUCCACCACCCUGUACAGCCAACUGAGGAGCACGGGGAAGAGUCUGCUGCUUAGAGACAGAUGAUUGACAUCACCAUGGCAACAAGCCUUGCUGCUAUAUGCUAGAUAAUCAGGUUUAUUUCUGGAUCAACAUCUUUUAUUGCUGCGAGAAGUGCACUGAAGUUGUUUAGCACACAAAAUACAAAAGCUAACUGACCAAGUCUAUCAAAGUCUAUACAGUAGAGUACUGAUGACAACUUAGUUGCUGAAGUAUUUUAGCCAUAUUUUGCGGCCAUGUUGACAGAGCUAAAUGGAAAUAGCAGUUCAUAUAUUGCAAAUGUAUAAAGCUAUGCAAGUCUUGCCAUCAUUUUUGUAUGGAUUGUAUGACAGGGAACCAUAUCUUUUGUAAAAUAUUUGGUGCUGUAUAUCAUCAGCCUGAUUAGAUUGUGCUGGAUAUUACAAUAAUUGUUGUCAUCAUAUUGUCUUUGCCAUGCCUUCAACUGGAGUACUCAAGUUGUUAGAGAGGCUUAACGUACCACAUAUAUAUGAUCAGUAUUUUAGAAUGUAUAAGUUAGCAGUGGUGUACUGUAACAUUUUAUACUGUAUAAUACAGUUAAUGUAUUGUAUUUAUGGUGUAUUUAUAUCUAAGACCUAUAUUUACUUCCUUUGCACAAUUAUAUAGUGACAGUGGAUGUUAAGAUAUUGUGUUUUGCCAAUGGUCAUAUUUAUUUGGUAAUAUUUCUUUUUCCUGUUUACCAUACCUAUGUAGUGGGCAUAAAGUAGAAUAUCAAGGAAGGGGCAUAAAUCAGCUAGUUUCUGUGCUUGAGGACAUGUAUAUUUGCUUAGGUCAAUGAAGGUUAGACAUCCAGGUAAUAACAAACGCCAAAAAGCAGUUACUCAAGCAACUGGAUAUCAAUUUGGUUGCUUAUCGUCAAUACGGAACUGCUUUUGGGUAUUUAUUUGGCUUACUAUACCUUUCAGUCUUUCUCAUGCCAGGGUGUCGUCACUCCUAAGGAGGAACUCACUGUAAAAUGUACAUUGUUCACUUUGUACACGUAACUGUAGAUGAUCUACUCUUAAUGUUAUCAUUGUGGAUCAUGUUGCUGAAGGCUUUAAAACUACUGGACAGGUAAAACAAACUAGGUAUCGAAAAUUAUACUACAUCCAUUAACAAAUGCAGACUGACUCUAGUGGGCUCUUGCUCUAUUUAGCUUUUAUAUUCAAUGUUGCAAUGAAUAUACAUGUAUGAUGUAUGAAUCAAAGUCUCUGCUUGUAUUUUGUUCUAUCCAACAUCAUAUCUUCUUGAUUAAGUUCACACAAGAUCAGCUUCAGAUGUCAUGUCAUACUGUAUUUUCCACUCAUGCAUGGCUUCAACUGAUUGCUUUCCACUUUAAAAUUGUCAUGGUCAUUUCUAAUGAUAUCGCAAACAAUACAGUAACUGCCCUUUCUA